CUGUGACUGAAGCUGUUUAGAGUGGGUGAGAGAAUGUCGAAUGGAGUAAACAACAGGAUUAGUGGGUGUGUGAGGAGGAAUGGAGCCAGCAGAGUGGGCAGGGAGGCUUCAUAACGACACAGUGCAGGUCGCAGACCCAAAAUAACAAGGUACCGGUCUUGCGUUUGCAGAGAACAGGCCGAGAAAGUCUGGAUUUCUUCCUUUGCCAGGCCCGAGGGUAUUAGGAGAGGAUUUGUAAACAAGAAACUCAAACCAAACAUCACAUCAGGUUCUGACGGAGCUGCCCAGUUUAUCGUAACCUGAAUAUCAAAUAUCAUCGGAUUUUGACCAUGGAAGGAAAAAGCACCGUUCACAGUGGGGAGAAACCGUACACGUGUUCCGUGUGUGGACGAGGCUUCAACCAAUCAUCUGGCCUGUCAGAACAUAAAUACAGUCACGAUGGGGAGAAACCGUGGAAAUGUGGGGAUUGUGGGAAAAGAUUCAUUUCCCCAUCAAAGCUGGAAACUCAUCGACGCAGUCACACUGGGGAGAGGCCGUUCACCUGCUCCGAGUGUGGGAAGGGAUUCACUCAGUCAUCCAACCUGCUGAACCACCAGCGAGUUCACGCUGGGGAGAGGCCGUUCACCUGCUCCGAGUGUGGGAAGGGAUGCACUCAGUUAUCCCACCUGAUGACGCACCAGAGAGUUCACGCUGAUAAGAGACUGUUCAGAUGCUCUGACUUAGAGACUGCUUUCAGGUGUUCAGCGGACCUCACGAUACACCAGCAUGUCCAUAACAGGGAGAGACCGUUCACCUGCUCCGUGUGUGGGGGGCGAUUCACUCAGUCAUCUGCCCUGCUGAGACACCUGCGAGUUCACACUGGGGAGAGGCCGUUCACCUGCUCCGAGUGUGGGAAGGGAUUC